AUGCAUUAAAAAGUAACACAGCAAGUUAAAACUUAAGCAAAGGCAGUUAGCUGCUCGAAGAAAAUUAGAAAUACUGUAGUAAGCUAUGAUAUGUUUGGAAUGCCUGUUACAUUGACAUACAAGAAUAAAACGAACCAAUAUGUCAAAGUAGACCUAAUAUAAAACACUCAAACUUGGAAACAAAAUAUAUCAGGGAAUGAUCCUCCUUUUUAUUUAUAAAAGGAUCAAAUUUCUUAUAAGCUAGGAAAAUGCGACUAUGGUAGAUUCGGCACAGACCCUAAUAUCUUCGAUUAUCAAGGUAUAAUUUCUGGAUAUUUGUGCCCUAUUGAUAGAAAUUAUGAGGUUAAAGGAAAUUUUGCGAACGAUGAUAAUCCUGAGCAAUAUUCAAUAGAAGAAUUCAUGCAAGAUCAAUAUUUUUCUUUGCAAUCAAAUAAAAAGCAGAAAUUCUACUUUGCAAUAAGUUAAAAUGAAGGUAUAAAGAAGGAUAUGUUUUUAAAAGAACGAAGCGUAUAAGAAACAUUUUUGGAAACUAGAUUCGUGAAUAGCUAUUAAGAAGAUUAUGCUAUUACUGAUUCUGCAAGCAAUAGCUACAUUGAAAUUGUGUUUUAAAUGGAUAACUAGGUUAAAACAAUAACUAGGUAUAAAUAGAAUGUUAAGGAAAUUUUAGAAUAGAUAGGUGGGUUUAUGUGUAUAAUUUUAACUGUGGCUAAAUCAUUAAGUCUAUUGUUUACCGAAAGAUCCUAUUAUAACACACUAAUAAAAAGUCUUUAUCGCUACUAAACUUUAGAGGAUAAAGAUUAAAUCUAUGAGGAUGAUAUUGGAGCUUCAACACCUACUAACGGAAAAAUUUUAAAACAAAAUGAAAAGCAAAAAUGUAAAGAUCUUGAGGACAAUAGGAAUGAUUUACAAAAAUUAAUAGAUCAUCUCAUAGAUAGAUCAAAGUUAAAAUUCAAUAUGUGGAUGAACUGCAGAGUUUAAGGAAGAAAAGCUGGACUUUGUAAGACUAAGAAAACUGAUUCAUUAAGCAGGGAUAAGUUAUAUGAAAAUGGAAUCAUAAAAAUUAAUAAGGAACUUGACAUUAGAGAUGUAUAAAAGGAAUUGAGAAAUUUGAAAUUCAUCACAAGGGCUUUCCUCAACAAGCAAUAAUAAUUUCUUCUUAGCUAUUUGAAGUAUAAUCUUUUGAAUGAGGGUGGAUAGAUUGAGUAAUAACUCUAUGAUAAAUUUUUGCUUAAAAAUUGUCUAAAACAAGUUCUUCAUAAUUAGAAAAGUAGUAGCAUUGAUAAAAUGAUUUUAAGUUAAAUACAACUUGAUGAGGUUGAUCAGUAAUUAGGUAGCUUUAAGAUAAUGAUUCAUAAAAACCCCACACCAUUAUUAGAUGCUCUUCAAGAAUCUUUUGAAUAAUAAAGAGUCAAAGAUAAAACAAGCAAACCAUCUCCUAAGGCUUUAGAUUUGUUAUUUGGCCCAAAGAAGUCGUAAAAUAUUUAUUUAUAAUAAUUAAAUUUUAGACAAAAAGAUAAAACUAUUACAGCGAAUACUAAGAAUCCUACUAGUCUUGAAGAUGAGCAUUAAUAACAGAAUGUGGGCAAUAAUGAAUAGCAACUCACUGGAAAAAAUUAAAGCAGUCCAAUAAAAUUUGAGAUUGAUAGUAAGAAUUAGAAGUCCAUGAAAGAUAGUAAAAACUUGCGCUUUAAAUUGGAAUCAUAGAGUAAACUGAAUAAAAAUUCAUAAGCAAAAAAGAAAUAAAAUAAUCAAUCUUCUCCUUUCACUCAAUACCUAUGA